AUGGUACAGAGUUUAAACUUGUCAGGCAUAGCAAAUGCGUUUCGAGUGCUACUGAAUCCUAGCUUAGCCAUGCCACAUAUCAUUGUGGAUGACAUUCGGCACAUCAAUUUCAAACACAUCAAGCAACAUGCCAACAUCAAAGCCAUUGGGUUCGAUAAAGACAACUGUCUAACAGCACCAUAUGUCUCGACUAUAUAUCCUCCAUUCAAAGAAGCAUGGAAGGACUGCAUAGAUACAUUUUCUAAAGACAAGGUGUUGAUUGUCUCCAACUCUGCUGGCACAAGAGACGAUGUAGAUUACAAAGAAGCUCAAAAGCUGGAGGAGUCCUUGGGUGUGGCAGUUUUGCGACAUGAUGAAAAGAAGCCGUCUGGCGGGCAGUUUCUCAAGAAGAGAUUGGAUCCUAUUCCAGCAGAUCAAACUGCCUUUGUGGGUGACCGCAUACUGACUGAUGUCCUGUUUGGCAAUCGAAAUGGAAAUCUGACCAUCUGGACGAGAAAAGUAGUUACAGAGCAAGGCGACAAUAAAGCAGCAAUGAUUGUUUCAACAGCAUGA